GCGAAGCGCAUGUUCAGGUCCAAACGGGCAGGGCUUGUGCGGCGCCUUUGGAGAAGCCGGGUCCUCCCCGACGGAGGAGGAGGCGGAGGCGGCGGUAGCAGCAGCGGCAGCGGAGGACCGGGAGGAGGAGAUGCGGGGAGCAGCAGCCUCAGGAGGAGCGAGGAGCCCGGCGGGAGCGAGGGGAGGCGCCCGGUGAGCUGCGGAGGCGCCGUCGAGGAGCCGGCCGCGCCGGAGGGCUCCAUGGUGCGCGGCGACGGCGACCUCCUGGCUGAGGAGGCCGAGAUGGCCGCGGCGCAAGAAGCCGAGGGCGGCGGCCCGAAGGAAGCCGGCUGGCGGGCUCAGGAGAGCGACGGCCGGACGGUGAGCUGCUGUCUCUUCAAGGAGCGGGGCUUAGACGGCGCCUCCGGCCCCGACGGCCGCUCCGGCCUGGCUCUGCUGGAGCAGGAGCUGAAGAGCGUCACCUACUCGCUUCUGAAGCGCCUCAAGGAGCGCUCCCUCGACAGUCUGCUGGAGGCCGUCGAGUCCCGCGGAGGGCUGCCCAGCGGCUGCGUCCUGGUCUCCCGGGCCGAGCUCGAAGGGCGGCUGGGCGGCCAUCCAGCUCCGCCUCAGCUGCUCCUGGGCAAACUCUUCCGCUGGCCGGACCUCCAGUGCCCCGCCGAGCUGAAGCCGCUGUGCGAGUGCCGGAGCUUCGGCCUCCCCGACGGGCCCACCGUCUGCUGCAACCCCUACCACUUCAGCCGGCUGUGCGGGCCAGAAUCGCCACCCCCUCCUUAUUCCCGGCUGUCUCCAAAGGAUGAGCAAAAGCCAUUGAACCUUUCAAAUUCCACAUUGUCCUACACUGAAACGGAGGCUACAAAUUCGCCCAAUGUCAUCGCCGGAGACUUUUCUGAUGCCAGCAUGUUGCCUGAUGCCGUGAAACACAGCCACUGGUGCAGCGUCGCCUACUGGGAGCAUCGGACACGCGUGGGUCGCCUCUACACAGUGUACGAACAGUCUGUCAGUAUAUUUUAUGACCUACCUCAAGGAAACGGCUUCUGCCUCGGACAGCUCAACCUGGAGAACAGAAACGAGACGGUCCAGAGGACUCGGAACAAGAUCGGAUAUGGGAUUUUGCUCAGCAAAGAAGCGGACGGCGUGUGGGCUUACAACCGAAGCGAACACCCCAUCUUUGUCAAUUCCCCAACCCUGGACAUUCCCAGCUGUCGGACCUUAAUCGUGCACAAAGUGAUGCCUGGGUAUUCGAUCAAAGCCUUUGACUACGAGAAAUCCUGUCUCUUGAAACAUGCCACUGACUUAGAGUACCCAGACGGGCCCUAUGACCCGAAUAGUGUCCGGAUCAGCUUUGCGAAAGGCUGGGGGCCCUGCUACUCCAGGCAAUUUAUCACCUCUUGUCCCUGCUGGCUAGAAAUUUUGCUCAACAGAAACAACAGGUAGCUGUUGGAGGACCCCAAAUAUCAUCUACCUAGAUUUAAUAUAAAGUUUUAUAUAUAUAUAAAUAUAUAUAUUAUAUGAAAAUAUAUAUAUUAUACUUGUAAUUAUGGAGUCAUUUUUACAAUGUCAUUAUUUAUGUACGGUGCAAUGUGUAUAUGGACAAAAAAAUGGAAAAUGCACUUUGGCUAAAAGUCUUUCAGUACUACAGUUGUUUUUUAAAAAAAAAUGAUGGAAAAAAUAUACAGCAAAUAUUGGAGUAUUUGCCAGGAUUUUGGCUGUAUAGUUUUUUUUUUAAUCGUAAUAUCCAGGCCAAAAGCUAGUACCAGUUGCUCAUUGAUAAUAAACUAUUUGCAUUUAUAGGUGUCCCCAUUG